AUGGCACGGAGGAGCGGAGCCGAAGAUGAAUUGUACGCAGCGUACCUCUCUCAAGGUGAAAUGAAUGUUGUCUACAAAAAGUUGCAGGAUCAAGCCGCAAUUCGGGGAUCACCAUAUCCACCGCCACCUCAGUUCUAUACAACAAAUACCGGGAUGACGUGUCGUCGUCAUUUUUGUGCUGUGUGUGGUUCUCAGGCAUCGGCCAACAGGUGCCACGGACCAACGGCAGUAUUGGUCGAUGGUCAACAGCAACGGAGUAUGGAAUGGAUCACUGGAAUCACUUUGCCCGAUGCACUGAGUCGAGCACGUACGGCAAAGCUAAUGCAAGACGGUUUUAGAUAA